AUAUAUUACGUGUCUAAAGUUUGUUAUUAUAUUAAUGCCUAAUAAGUCUCGUUCCCGUGCUUAUUGUUGUGUUGUGGGAUGUCAUAAUUACCGUUCAUGUUCAACUGACGUAAAGUUUUACUCGUUUCCAUUACGUGAUUACAAACGUGAACAAAGAGAAAAAUGGAUAAAGGCUGUUAAAAAGGAAAAUUCAGACGGAUCUCCUUGGUUACCUAAUAAAAAUAGCCUAAUCUGCAGUAAACAUUUUAUUGGGAAUGCUAAAUCAGAUCAUCCUCUCAGUCCAAGUUUUGUACCAACAAUCUUUCCAUCGCAAUAUCAUACCAAGCAGCAAACAGAGCGUCAACAACUGAAUGCUUUAUCAAGGUUUCAGCGUCGAAUGCAAAGAAAUUCUACUAAAACUAGGAUCCAAAAUGAAACAAAAGAAACGAAGGUGGGCAAACCACCAAUAUUUACAGAAAGCUUGGCUCACGAAAUUAAUCCUCCUAUUCAACAAGUAUUUGUUAAAAGUGAACCGGAAUCUACAUUUUUAGAGAACUUCAAUGAUUUUGACACAGAUAUCAAGCCGGAUUCUCUGCAAGGGCUACAUAGCGAACAUGAAUCAACAUUUCCAGAAGUCUUUGAUGAUUCCAAAUUAGAUAUUAAACCAAAUAUUAUGCAAAUAACACAAAGUGAAUAUGAAUCGACAUUUGAUUCCGAAAUAGAUAUUAAGCCAACUAUUGUAGAUAUACCAAAAAGUGAAUAUGAAUCUAUAUUUCCAGUUGGCUUCGAUGAUUUCAAAACAGACAUUAAGCCAAAUAUUGCGCAUAUAAAAAAAAUGGACAAUUCUACUCAAGUAAAUUUUUUACCAAAUGACUCUAAUUUUGACAUUUUCUUUUGUAAUUUAAAUCAAAAUGGUAACAAGUGUGUGGCUGAAACGCAAGCAUCUUUUCGAGAUUAUGAACAGAUAAAUGGUAGAAAAGUGAUUGUCAGAAAAGUUUAUGAUUGGCAUGGAAAAGAUGUGCGAAUAUGUAUUGAAUAAUUGUA